AGCGAGCGGCCGUUCGGAGGCGGAAGCCCGAAGAAGCGCGGGCCCGCGCCCAGGGGGGGAUCGGAGGCACAGAUACAGGUCUCAGGAGAGCAGGAGGCGGAAAGGACAGCCCCGGAAGAGGCCGCUGCGGCCGGCGGAGUCGGACUGGAGGGGGCGGUGGCUGUCCCGGGACGCCCGGAAGGGGAGGGGCGGGGCGGGGUGAUGGAGGUCCGGACUGAAGGCGAGGGCCAGGCCUGGGAGCAGCGAGGGGCUGGGUUUACGGGGUGGGCGUGACCCUCGAGGGUUGGGGCGGGGCCUAAAGGGACCUAGGGCACAGAGGGGAGAGGAAGGGUUUGGUGGGCCUGGACCUGGUCUGUGGGGGCCUCAUCUAGCGGGAUUCCGAGGCGGCAGCGGCAUCAGUCCAGGCCCUGCCCUACGAUCUCAUCCCGUUCCCUUUCGCCCCUCUCGCCGCUCAGCUUUAUACUCCAGGCCCUGUCCCCUGAGCUCUGCCCUCGGAUGUUCCACCGCCCAGAGCUUGCAUGCGCCGUGGGGCGCCCCAGGACCAGGAGCUGGUGGGUCCGGGGGCUCCUGGGCGGGGGUCCCGGGGCGCCCCUCCUCCCUCGGGACCUGUUGUCCCGGUCCUCGUCUUUCCCCCGGAUCUAGUAUUCAGGGCGGACCAACGGAGCGGACCUCGGCAGCUGCUGACCCUCUAUAACCCCACGGGAGCAGCGCUUCGCUUCCGAGUCCUGUGCACAGCACCUGCCAAAUACACAGUGUUUGACGCGGAAGGAUAUGUGAAGCCUCAGUCCUGCAUUGACAUUGUGAUUCGCCACGUGGCCCCCAAUCCCAGCCACUAUGACGUCCAGGACCGCUUUCGCAUUGAGCUGUCUGAGGAGGGUACAGACGGCCGAGUGGUGGGGCGCAAGGACAUCACCUCAGUUCUGAGGGCCCCAGCGUAUCCCCUUGAGCUUCAGGGACAGCCUGACCCAACGCCCCACCCAGAGCUUCCUUCCUGGACAGCACCACCCACGGCCCAGCACUUCCCCGAGACCUUCUCCCGGAGGACCUUGGGCUGGGCAGGAGUGGAGGCUAGAGCUCCUGACGGGCCUUGUUUCCCAGACCCCCACCCGCAGCUGGCCACCAGCUCCUUCCUCCUCUUCUUGCUGAUGGGCACAGUCUCUGUGGCCUUCCUGCUGCUCCCGCUCCAGGAUGAACUUGGCAGCCAGCUGCCCCAAAUCCUUCACGUCUCCCUGGGACAAAAGUUGGUGGCAGCCUACAUCUUGGGCCUCCUGACCAUGGUGUUCCUCCGGACCUGAGCUCUCUGCUCAACCUCCACACUCCCUCCCCGCGCAGGGACAUGGACUUGGACAUGGACGUAAGACAGCCACUGUGAUGCCUCAACUCCUACUUCCUUCUUCCUGCCCAUUCCCUACCCCCCAAAACCCAGGGAUUUGUAUUCAUUUUCCAAGUUAAAAUAAAAUUUUAAAAUAAAUUUGUAAAAUUGAA